GAUGCCUGACAGGUGUUAACACGAAGCGAAGAAGAAAGUCAUUAACUUGUAUUAGUGCUGAGAGCUCAAAGGGCAGAAAUACACCUUUUUGUGGCUAAGCGAGUGUUAAAAUUUUUAAAGUUGGUUUCAACUUUAAUACAGACAUUUCGUGGCAAUGGAGAGUCCGGUCGGCAUAAUGAACACAAACAGCGACAUGUUUGGGUUCUUACCGUUAGCAUGCUAGUUCAUAUCAUAGCGGCUAGCUUUGGCCAAACAACGAACUGCUGGGAAAUAAAAUGUCUGUUCGGCGAGCUUUGGUGGACUGUGUUGUGUUGUCUCCCCAAGAUGCAUGUGUGUUGUAUCCGUGCUGCCGAGGCUGCUUCACCAGAAUGGAUGUUACGACGCAGGACAGGGCAAGAUACAAAUGUUCCAAGUGUGGUUACAGCUGUUUUAAAGAACAACUAGAGUACAGAUAUCGCCUCUCCCUGAGGGUGACCAGAGACAGAAGAAUAUUUGGAGUCACAGUAUUUGGCAGCUGCUUGAACCCGUUCUUUGGCGUCCAUGCAACUGAGUUUCAAAGGUUGGUGGAGAAUGGACCGUCUGAGACGUCAACCAGAUCCAAAUUGCUGGCGAAGGCGGUAGAGGACUGUUUUAUUGGCAGACGUCUCGUCUUUGGAAUGAAGGUGACAGAUUGUCAAAGUCGUCCGUGGUUAGAAGAUCAUGUUCCAGGUGGUUCUGAUUGUCAAGACAUGGUCCAGUUCACGGCCACUCAGAUGAUUUUCCCUAAAGCCACAGGCAUGGAAGGCUGCUCUGUCAUUCGCUAUUAUCAACAGCUUCUUCAGAGAGCUGCAGAACAACAGCGGGAAUCUGCUGAUUCCAACCAGUCCUACACAUUCCCGACCACACCCUUGAUUUCUCAAGAUUCAUCAGCCAGCAGCUUCAAUGUCACGCUUUCUCGACUCCUGCCACACUCUCUGCAAAGAUCACAGCGCCAUGACGGCUCCCUCACUCCCACGCCGCCAUGGCAACAAUCACUGGGACUUGUUACUUCAUCUGCCGAGAAUGAGGAGGAGGAAAAUGAAAACAAGCAAACAGCCUGUCUGAUAGGGAAAUGCUGCACUGUGAACCAUGACACCAGAGAGGAAAAAGGCUCCUUUCUGUCUUCAAAGAGUUCGUCAUUUGCUGAAUAUUCAUCAGUCAAAAACAUCCUGAACUGUUUGAAUCCCUCCCCGUCUCCACAGCUCGACUCUGAGGGCAAAGCCUCUCCACAACCGGACAAUUCAUUCAUGUUGCGAUCCUUAGCAUGGGAUGAUUUGCCUCUUUCUGAGAGUCUGGAACAAUUUUUGAGUGAGGAGGGCAAAUAUGUUUAUCCGGGUGACACAAAGGCGUCAGGCAUCGGGUCAAGGGUGUUAGCGGACAUCACCAACAACACAAGUGUACAGUCAUCUGGUGGUGACGCUGAUGAAGACGCCUACAGUUGUUCACAGGACCUGUUUAGUUUAAGCUCAGCGCUCAACACACAAGAGGAAGCGCAGCCAGGUUUGUACGCUCAAGAGCUGCAAACACAUCCGUCUGUGACAAUAGUCAUUCCAGAAGGUCAGACACCUGCUGGAGACACAGUGACGCCACUUGUUGAAUUUAGCCCAUCCUCUCAAUCCACUCCCAUUGUAAAAGUAGACCUAUCGUCGUCCUCCAUCAGAAACUUCUCAAAAAGACGCUCCAGGAAACACCACUCCACAAUCCUGAAAACCCGUGAAUGUGACUUGAGUGUUUGGAACAUGCCACUGAGCCAAUUAGAAGACAGCGAAGUGCUAAUCCCCCCCACUCCCGCCGUGACAAAUGUCAAGGCAGUCUGCUCUCAGGAAGAAAUGCCACCGCAUGUACUACACCGUAAAAGAAUCCUGUUGGCUCCAUCUCUUGCAUCAUCAAAAAGAGAUGGUGUGACCCUCAGUCUUCCAACUAAAAACGAUGCAGGAGGCGGCGAUAGUAAUGAGAAAACUGCUGUUGACUCCCUGGCGGAGGAGGAAGCAUGCGAUUGGUCCAGAGAUCUAUUCUCAGAUUCUGUCUGAAAGAUUCUGACUUGAAAUGGAGAGCAGACGCCAUUAUUUUAUUCUUUAUCUACUUAUUCUAAAGUAGAACACGAUGAGGCUGGAUUCCUCAUAUUUGUAACCAAUUUCCCUCAUAGGUAAAAAUGAAAAUGAGAUGAAACAGCACACAUUUCAGACCAUUGUGGCAUAUUUAGCAAUUGAGUGUCUGAUGCACAGAAAUGAAAAGUUGUUGGAAAGGAAAACAAACUUAAGCAGAAGUGGUAGUAAGAGACACUGUGGAAGGCAAAUAAACAUAUAUUUCUUCGCCUACAGAGAGGACUACGGAUGAAGUGUUUGAAUUCAGCAAAUUUGAACAAUUUUGCACAAACAAUAACUGAUGAUUUCGGUCACACUAUAGGAAAUGUAAAGACCGUUUCACCUCGGAUCCGUUCCAGAGUCCAACUUUGGCCAUCAUAAGAACUUCAUUAACUUCACAGGCAGUGUUUUGAGUUAAUGUUUUAACAUUUUUAACUGUCAUGCAAGUGUAAAAAUAAGAUGGCAAAAACGUAAGUUUUAACUAGACUGCCAAAUGUGCACUUUGUGCAUCUCACUUUUUAACGUUCUCUGUCGAAUGUAAAAUGUGUAUAUUCCUUUUAUGUUCACCUCUGAGGUGGUCCAGCUGAAUAAGUCACAAAAAAGGGAUUCUUUCUGAACUUAAUGGCGAUUUUGUGUGUUAUGCUGACCGCAGAGGUUUCAUUUUAUGUUAAAUUACGGAUUGCAGUACUGUAUGUCAUUGAUGUUUGCCUUGAGCUGUUCUACUCACAGAAAAUCAGUUUAUGUAUAAAUCUAUAUGCACACCUUUUAUACAGCGUUCACAUGCGAUGAGGAAGUGAGACUGCAGUCAUGCUCACAUGCUGCUUGACAAUUUUAUUUUGGCCACUGUUAAACAUGGAGAGACAAUACAAACAGACGUCUGCGCUACGUGCAUUGCGUAACUAUAGUCGCUCAGUCUUGGUGAAUAAGGACGAUAGAAACAACUGCAUGCUAGCAAAGGCUUUUAAUAAUAAGAGUCACUAAUAAAAUAACCGCCAAUAUAUUACAUAUAUGAAGCAUGGUUAUUGACCAUUCAUGUUCAUACAUGUAAAAAAUAACUACCACUGCACGUGACGUCACUGAAGGGUAAAGGUUGCUAGAGGAAGAGACGUAGGUAUGCGCAUGCGCAUAACCGAUUACGUUUCCGGGACUUACUGCGUAUGACAUGUCACAUUGGACAUACAGAUCGUAAAAAUUUACACGCGGUGAGCCGUACGUCAAUGUCGCCGCCAUAUCGGAUGUGUCAAGGCUGGGCUGUAAAUUAAUAGUAAAUUGACUUACUUUAAUAAAGCGCCUUUCUAGAAAUACAUUUAAGUUAAUUCGUUAAGUUUUUGGUGACUAACUGUUUCCCAAGUAUAUUAGUGCGUGUGUGAAUGUAUACACGAGAGGAAAUAAAUUUCUUUGUAGAAAGGCGCUUUAUGAAUUUAGGUACAUUUACAUUAGCGCAGCCUUGACACAUCCAAUAUGGCGGCGACGUUGACGUAGGCACAGCGCUCGAUGCGGCGUCUGUCUAUGUCAAUGUGGAUUGUCUGCGGCAGAGUCAUGUGACGUGCGUCGAUACCGGAAUUGCAUCGCUGACAAAAUCUGUUUUCAUCACCCAACUACUAUGACGACGAUACGACGCUCGUGAAUGUUUUUUUUGGGGGGGGGGUUACACAGUAGCUUGACGUUGUUGUGAGUAGUGAGUACUAGGACGCCGUUGAAAUGGAAAGAACUACCAUAUUAGUCGCUUUGGUAUUUAUCGCCGUCUUCGCCACCCAG